UUGGAGAUCUUGAAUUAUCUACAUUGGAAGAAAAAAAUAAAAGAAUUAAAUUAGAAAAAAAAAUUAAAAAAAUCAAAAAAAAAAUUACUAAUGAUAAAGGAAAACAAGAAAAAUAUGAUAGACAAUUAUCUUUACUAGAAACAGAAGAACAAACUACUACUAAAUUUGUUGAAUCUUAUAAAAAUUUAUGGGUUCAAGGUGUUGAAGAAGCAAUUGCUAGAGGGAAUAGUGUUUUUCCAGUUAUUGGUGGAGCUGUUGGUGGUUUGAUAGCUGCAGGUGUUGGGUAUACUUCUAUAGGCACCGUAACUGAAAUGUAUAGAAAUGAAAAAACUGAAAAGUUAUUAGAAAAAGCAUAUAAAAAAUAG